AUGCCAUCGACCUCUGCGCUCGUCCUUCUGGGCAGCUUGCUUGCCUAUGGCGUGUUCUACUACAUCCAGGGGCUGCGGUCGAAUCUGGCUGCUGCUCGUCGUUCAGGACUUCCAUAUGUCGUAGUGCCUACGUCGCCGUUCAGCUUCCCGUGGCAGUUGACAUCUGGGCUGUGGACACCGCUCAUCAAGCUCCUGCCGAGGUCUUGUUGGGAGCAAUGGCUCGAUAUUCUGCAGCCAGACUGGUCAUUCCGCUACCUGCGUGGGCCCUGGGACCGCCUUGGUGAUACCUUUCUGGUCGUUUCCCCGCGGGGCAUCAUCUUGUACACUUGCGACGCGGAGGCUAUCUUCCAGGUCACCUCCCGACGUGAGGCUUUCCCUAAGCAGACCGUCAACUAUGAGUUGCUGGCCAUCUUCGGAAGGAACAUGAUUUCCACCGAGGGCCCGGAGUGGAAGAUGCACCGCAAGGGGGUCUCGGCAAGUUUUAACGAGAGGAAUGCCGCCCAUAUCUUUGUCGAGUCCAUCAAGCAGACACAGGGGAUGAUUGCGUAUUGGAUGGAUAGUACCGCGGAUGAGGAGGCACGAGAAGAAAAAAGAGCGAGCAGCGGUACUAUCAAUACGUUGGAGCAUGACACAAUGACGCUCGCGCUGAAUAUUAUUGCGCACGUGGGUUUCGGGCUACGCCUGCUCUGGCCGGGCCAGAAGAUGCCCGCGGAUAUGGACCAGAGGAGCAAGCAGUACGCCAGCCUGGAGCCGCCAGAAGGGCACUCGAUGACCUUUGCGGACUCGCUGGCCACGGUGCUGGAGAGGAUCCUGCUGCUCCUCAUCGUGCCUCCUUGGCUUCUCAAGGCUGUCCCCUUCAGCGCGGCGAGAUCGGCCGCGAAUGCGCGUUGGAACUACGAAAAAUACAUGCAGGAGUUUCUGCAUAACAAGAUCGAGGACGCGCAGCAUGAGGAAGACAACUCGGAGGAUCGAGGUAUGGACAUCAUGGGACAGAUGGUUCGCGCGAAAUACGGUAAAAAGAGUCAACAGAAGAAGACCGCCAACGGCAAAGGCAGCGAGGGGGGUUCCCCGCUUUCGGACUCGGACAUCUUCGGCAACUCGUUCGUUAUUCUCGUCGCCGGACACGAGACCACCGCGAACACGCUGCACUUCACACUUAUCGAGCUCGCCAACAACCCAGCUGCGCAACGUGCCCUGCAGGCGGACGUCGAGCGCUUAUUGGGCAAGGACAGCGACCCGCUCAAUUGGGAGUAUGAGGGAAACAUCAACGCGCUGAUGGGGAGCAACGUCGCGGCGUGCAUGAACGAGGUCCUCCGACUCACGCCUUCCGUCGUCGAUAUUCCCAAGGAGCCUAAUGGACAAGGCCAGAGCAUCGUGCUCGCAGGGCACCGGCAUGUUGUGCCGCGCGGGACGACGAUUAUACUGAACAGUGUUGGGGCGCAGCGAAAUCCGCGGUACUGGCCAACCAAGCCGGGCAAGACUGGAGCCAAGGACGACCUGGACGAAUUCGUGCCCGAGAGGUGGUACCGACCGUCACUGCAUACCAAAGCUGAGGCCACGGCGGCACACGACCAGGAAGAGGAGGAGGAUUUUGGUGGUUUCAAGGGUCCUGAUACCAGCGCACAGCUGUACCGACCGGUGCGCGGGUCUUUUAUCCCCUUUAGCGACGGCGCGAGGUCGUGUCUAGGCCGACGAAUCGCGCAGGUCGAGAUGGUUGCUGCUCUGGCGGUCUUGUUUCAGAGGUACAGCGUUGAGCUGGCCGUGGACGAGUGGGCCUCGGAUGAGGAGGUGGAGAGGAUGGGAGACGACGAGAAGAGAUCUCUGUACGAGAAGGCGAGGAAGAAAUCGCGGGAGACGGUCAGGCAGGCCAGCUCGUUGUUGACGCUGAAGCUGCAUGGGCAUUUGAAGGUGCCUGUGAGGACUGACGGCUUGAAGAAGAGCGACCUCGAAGCCGCGCUCCAAGACCACCUUGCCGAGCACCAGAACCUCUACGGCAGUCACCCCAGGGCUGUGCCAUACUACCAGUCGCGUGCUCGAGCAAUAGGCUCGCCCGUCAAGAAGGAAGGGCCAGCUGGGGAACCCAAGAAGCGGAGAAACACAUCCAAGUCCGCCGAACCACCCAAGGUCAUCGAGCAAGCCCUUGCCGCUCUGGCCGAUGAUGACUCCGAGCACCAGUCUUCCACCGCCACGCCGGGCCCGUUGACGCUUGCUCGGCGCAUUCCGCUGCCCACGUCGCCGGCCGACGUCGCGCGUGUCGUCGACGAGCGCACUCUCGCUCUGCGGGAACGCGUCUCGACCCUGUACGACGAGUCGGGAAUCAAGGAGGCUACAUACAACACGCGUGAUGCUCUGUCCACGGUGACCUCGAUUCUGUUCUGCAUCAACGCGUUCGAGCUGUACAAUCUGCGCAAGGAGAUCUUGACCGAUCGCUACGCGUUCACCAUCCCCGCGGUCAAGGCUAUCGGGACUUCGGACUAUGCUGUGGAGAUACCUGACAUGUUCCUGCUGCUGACGAGCUCGUUCUGGAACCCGGCGCUGCUCUGGGCCUUCACCAGCAUCAUCCUUCCCGCCUUCUUCGGCUUCUACUUCAACCUGUCAGCUGCGCACCAGAGCACCAGUCGCCGCAGGUCCGGCCAGCCCGACUAUGUCAUCGACCCGCUGACCUUCAGCAUUGCCAAGGCUGUCAUCACGUACGUUGUCUACCAGCAGGGUGCUACCUUUGGCGGCUGGGUUGACCCCGUGUCCGUUGCCCGCAUCAACUCGGCCAUCUAUGGCGGGUGGAAGGGCGUCCUCACCGGCGCUUUCAUCAGCGGCGUGGCGAGCUUCUACGAUGCUGUAUUGCGCAAGUAAAGCUUUUCAUGAGGAACACUAAGUGAUGCUUCUCUUUGUUGCCGACGACAAGCUCGGACACAAAGUAAUUGUCGCCUCGCCACCCGUCAAAGCAGUUUUUUGAAGAGCUGCAGUGGACGUACAUUGAUCUUGUUUGGCUGAAUGACAGAUUUUGGUAUUCUCGGAGGAAAGGCUUUCUAGGGGAGGGCGUUUAUGGCGUUGCGGCGUCGCGGCCUGUGGCUCCUCAUGCGCGCAAGAUACCUCCUUGUCUUUUGAAAGGGCCUCCCGUCGCUUUUACUUCGCUUCGCGUGUAUGCGUCUAAUGGGCCAGAAUAUUUGUCGGAACGGGAGCAACGGUAUAUGAGAAGACUCCCUGGUUUUGUCUCUGAAUUUGGCAAUUGUUAGCUGAGUAGAUUUGUCCUGUAUACCUUUUUGUUUUUCUUGGAAAGGUCGUCGGUGGUUGGUCUGCAGUAUCACGUGUCUUGGACGCCUCGCAUACUCGUAGUUUGGAUACUCCUUUUGACGCUUGGGGGUACGGUUCUUUUCUUCUUUCUUUCCCCUUCAUCUCCAAGCAAUGAUCUUUGCGUGGUUUGUCUCC